AUGUUCGCUACUUCUGUCUACACAAACCAUCAUGGUUUAUAUUCUUCUUCAAAUGUCUCUCCAUCUUCUUUCGAUUUCAAUAAUUCACAUGUGGCUUAUGAGAUGAGAGAAAACAUGGUUUCUACUUUCGGGAUGCCUUUCAUAACUCGAGUUCCAAAUAAUGCUCAUCUUUCUCAAAUCUCCGUCACUCAAACUACUAUAAAUAGGUAUUACAAUAUUAUUCCAACCAAUAACCUAAGUACUGUGCAAAAUGAAUAUCAUCGUGCCAUAAAUCCCAACAUCUUCAAUUCUUCAUUUUACCCUCCAAAUUAUUGGUACAAACAACAUAAUAUCUUGAAUCCAACACCUCUCAAUACUGUUUUUCCACAUCAAACUUUUGUUUAUCCAACGCAGUUAGAUAUCUUUUCUUGUUCACCAAAAUGCUACCAUGACCAACUUGUCCCCCAUCAUCAACCACUGAAGAAACGAUAUAGGUCUACCACAUAUUUUGAAGAAAAUCUUGGAAGUGUUAAUUCUGAAGAAAAUUGUGAAUAUGAUGGGCGGACACAUAGUUUACCAUAUAAGAAAUACGGUCCAUAUACAUGUCCCAAAUGUAACAAUGUGUUUGAAACUUCACAGAAGUUUGCUGCACAUGUAUCAUCGAUUCAUUACAAGAAUGAGACCAUCAAUGAAAGAUUUAAGAGAGACAACGCGAGGAACAACAAAAGAUUAUGCAAAGCAAACCAAAUGAUCCAUGAGGAAUGUCGUAACAUCCAGCCAGAAGAAUGGAGGGAAUAA